AUGGUUGGAAUCGGCCCCAAACAACCUCCCUCUCGCAAGGGGUCCAUGCAUGAUCUGCCGCAGAAUCUUCUGCAGCAGAUCAAAGACUUUGAAGAUGUCUUCACCGUGGACCGCCAGUUGCUGAAGAAGAUUGUCGCUCACUUCGUCAAGGAGCUGGAGAAGGGCCUGAGCGUCGAGGGCGGAAACAUUCCGAUGAAUGUUACCUGGGUUAUGGGAUUCCCUGAUGGCAACGAACAGGGUACCUUCUUGGCCCUCGACAUGGGCGGCACCAACCUGCGUGUUUGCGAAAUCACCUUGACCGACAAGAAGGGCGCAUUCGAUAUCACUCAGUCCAAGUACCGCAUGCCGGAGGAGCUCAAGACAGGUACCGCCGAGGAGCUGUGGGAAUACAUUGCCGAUUGUUUGCAGCAGUUCAUUGAGUCCCACCACGAAGAGGAGAAUCUGACCAAGUUGCCCUUGGGUUUCACCUUCUCCUACCCGGCCACCCAAGAAUACAUCGACCACGGCAUCUUGCAACGCUGGACGAAGGGAUUUGAUAUCGACGGCGUCGAAGGUCAGGACGUUGUGCCUCCUCUGGAGGCCAUUCUGCAAAAGCGGGGUUUGCCCAUCAAGGUGGCUGCCUUGAUCAACGACACCACCGGUACAAUGAUUGCUUCGGCAUACACCGAUCCUGAAAUGAAGAUCGGCUGUAUCUUCGGUACUGGUGUCAAUGCGGCGUACAUGGAGAACGUUGGAUCCGUGCCAAAGAUUGCGCACUUGAACCUUGACCCCGAACUGCCGAUUGCUAUUAACUGUGAAUACGGAGCGUUUGACAAUGAACGCGUGCAGGCUUUCGAAAAGAUGACCGCCGGUCUCUACCUGGGCGAAAUCUUCCGGUUGGCCCUUGUGGAUCUGGUCGACAACAAGCCCGGCCUGAUUUUCAACGGCCAGGACGUGUCGAAGCUUCGCAAGCCAUACAUCCUGGAUGCCUCAUUCCUCGCCAAAAUUGAAGAGGACCCCUACGAGAACCUGUCCGAGACCUAUGAUCUCUUCGUCCGCGAACUCGGCAUUCACCCUACCGAGCCUGAAUUAGAGCUGUCCCGCCGCCUAGCCGAGCUGAUUGGAACCCGCGCUGCUCGUCUGUCUGCCUGUGGUGUGGCUGCUAUCUGCACAAAGAAGAACAUCGAGUCGUGCCACGUUGGCGCUGACGGCUCCGUCUUCACCAAGUACCCUCACUUCAAGGCCCGUGGAGCCCAGGCCCUCCGGGAAAUCCUAGACUGGAAGCCUGAAGAGAAGGACAAGGUCGUUAUCAUGGCUGCCGAGGAUGGUUCCGGUGUUGGUGCUGCUCUUAUUGCCGCCUUGACCCUGAAGCGUGUCAAGGCCGGUAACCUGGCAGGUAUCCGCGACAUGGAGGAAAUGAAGACUCUACUGUGA